UGGUUUUUAUCAUCGUUCAAGCAUACAGCACUCAGCAUCAGUUUUCCUCUAACCGUGUAUGGUUUUAGAUUCGUACGUUUAUUCUGCUCGUAUUGUAUUUAUUGUAUUUUCGUUGACGGCAUUUUCACUCGGAACGAUUUUUUUCUAAACCGGAAUCGUUUUCCUUGCGGAAAUUCUAUCUUUUUAUGACGUUUGAGUAUAACCAGCGGAAGCACAUUUUGUCGACGUUAUCGUGGAGCAAAACACCGUCAAGUUUUUUCCAGCAACGAGAAAUCGAAUUGACAUUUGAAAUGGCCACAGCAUGGAGGUUGUACCUGUCAUUUGGCGUGAUAUUAAUCUUCUCCGAAUGCGGUUUCACGGAAGUUACCAGCAACGACCUUGCGAAGAAAAACGAUGCAACGAAUUCGAGCGGUUCGACGGAGCGAAAUGUUUCUUCUUCUUCGGCGGCGACGACCACGAAACUUUCGAAACAUUCGACCGCAACGAUGAAUACUUUGAAAACAAGCACAUCUUUACCUUUGUCAGGUGGAUUAGAAAUGCUAGAUAGUGAAAGCUUUACCAGUAGGAUUACGUCUAGCGCGACCGAAAGUGUCUCGGCAGCAACAAAUACCACCAUCGUCGUCGUCGCCGCCGCAGCCGCCGAAGCAACCACCAUGACAGGGAAUCUGUAUCAGUCAAAUGUGUCACGACAGAUCAACGCGUAUACCACUCCUACGACUCCAUCAAUUUCGCAAUGGAAACAAAACGUAACCGAGACGAGCUCGGCGACUGGCAAAGAUGAAAAAGAAAACCAAUACAUCAGUUUUAGAAAUCUAGAUGAUGCUUUUAAAAACGUAAAAAAGUCUACGAAAAAAUCAAUAGAAAACCAAUUUUCUUCUGGCGGGUUCGUUUCGUCGGCAGGCACGGUUGUUGCCGGUUCAACGUACAACAACGAUACGUUAAAGGAAGCAAAUAUUUCUUCGCAAAACGCCCAUAAAACAUUGACACUUUCGACACAGCCUAUAAAAAACGAUUCAUCGGUACGGAAGUGGAAAUUAUCAACGACCAAGCUGGCAAAUAGUACGCCUUCAUCGGAGCUAUUUUUUUCCAUUAGUCGAACGGUUACCUCGCCGCCGACGUCUACAUCGGUGGAAAUGUUUUCUCAAACGACAUCCGCCGCCACCACCAAACCAUCGUCGAUUGAGAUACAAUCCCAAGUUACCGUACCAGCUAGCGCCGAAAUCGACUCGGGCGAGGUUAAUAAUAAUAUAGGUUCGAACGACGAAACUCUUCAAAAUUCCACAUCCCCUUUCGAUAUAAACUCUCUGCGUAAAAAAUUCUUCUACAUUGGUAAUCUAACCUCGAACAAUACAACCGAAAAGAAUUUCCCAUCGACUGUACCGUUAGACGACGCUUCGUCAUCGUCGUCGUCGUCGCAACCAUCACCACCCCCAUCAUCGUACACUUGGAAAGGACAAGAAGAUAAAUCGCAGAACGUCGCACGAACCAAAACGCUAACUGCAGUAGGUGACUUUACACCCGACAACACAUCUGUAGUAGCGGUCACCGAACGAACACAACAAUUGGCCGCAAAUGCUGAGAAUAAUUUAACAACUCGAUUAACGGUGCCGCAAACGCGAUUAAUUAACAUAAGUAGCGCGGUAAUGGGCGACAAUUACGCCAGUACUGAAUUAUCGACGAAUUAUUCAAUUCCAUAUGUCAAUACGAGUAUAUCUGUCACCGCAGUCCCCCAUUUGAAAAAUUUCACCGUCAACGCGACCAAAACCAAUGUAACGCAUUCGAUUAACAAAGAGCAUUUAAUGUUUCCCGGAAUAACGCUCAAAGUCUCGCAUAUGCUCAUCCCGAAGCAAAAAAGAUCGCGUUACAAUAUACAAAACAUGAGAAUCGAAUUACCAAAAAGCGAAUUACUCAACAAACCCAGCGCUCCGGCGCCUAAAAAUUCAAACUGUACUAGAUUCCCUAUACAAGUAGUUACCGCUUCUGAUACAGAAACCAAAGAAAAAGUCAAUCUCACCGAAGAACAUUACGAUUGCGAAUACUCGACUCCAGAACUGAAUAAUACCCAAAAAGAGCCGGUCGUUUCUCUUCAUACGUAUUUUGGAGGAUACGUUUUCCGAUACGCUGUUCCGAAGCAAGCAAAUGUUUCUGUUUCGAAUCAGACUGCUAAUGACACGGUACAUUCGACUAUUGCUCCCAGUCCGGAUGACAACGAUGAUUACUACUCGUCGUAUAUGGAAUAUUCAGAUACCACUAAUGGCAGUAAUAACUCAGAAGUGGAGGACGGAAUAUUUCCCGAUCCGGAUAUGAGUAAAAUAGUAUCGAAAACAAAAACGGAAGCAUUAAGCGUUCCAGUGGCGGAUACCAGUAUAACAGACAGUGAUCUGCACGAUCACGAUGUGAUAGAUAGUGUUAUGUACAUAUAUUUCGGCGGCACCACGCACGGGCAACGUGGAGCAGGUCGUCAGAUUAUAAUAGUAGGUGCGGUAAUAGCGUUGGUGGCGCAAUUUCUAACGCUGGCUAGCAGCAUAAGGCGGAUUAAAACACACCACGGCGAAGAACCCACUAUUAUUUUAUUAAACAUUGAAACUGCCCUUACGCUUACUAAUUUAACAUUUAUUUUGGGCGUUCAGUCAACCAGUGAUCAUACAAUAUGUAAAAUAACUGCAGUGUCGCUGUAUUACUUGCACAUCGCGGCGCUAUUUUGGUUUUUGCUCAGUUCUCUGUAUUCGGUGCAAACCGUUUGCCAAAUUAACAAACCAUUUAAAUUCUAUACUUUAUGUACAGUUGGUUGGAUUUUACCAUUUUUUACGACAUUGCUAAGUUACGCAUUUAAUGAGCGCAGCUUCGAGACGAAUUUAUACUGUUGGGUAUCUCCACUCAGAGGAAUUCUGAUCUCUUAUAUUUCACCAGUUAUACUUUUGUGCAUAAUUUGUAUAGUGUUAACCAUUAUUGGACUGAGAAAUGUCACCGAAACAACGGAAGAUUUUGACGAUACGUACAGUCACAAGAAACUUUUAAGAAUUUCCGCCGUUGCUUUACCAUUAUUCUCCCUUAUAUGGUUUACCGGUAUGGUGUCGUUGGAGAAUUCAGCUUCGCUAUUAUUUUCGUUAAUAUUCCUCAUAGCAGAUACAGUUUUGAAUUGGCUACUAUUCGCGUGUUGGUUACCAAGCGAAGCUUCACAAUGGAAAGACAUGGACGACGAUUACUACGACGAAGAAGAAGACUUCGACGACGAACCAGUUCUGGUCAAACGUCGAUUCGACGAUCAACCUUUACUGUCAGAAUUAUACGAAUAUGGAGCUCAAGGGCAACUUUACAACUUACGAGUCGAACCAAUUUCUAUAAUAAGCACAUCAUAAGCGGACAAAAAUUUAAUCACACAGGAUUGCAGUUUAUGUCAAAUGAAAAUUGACGUUGGUAAACCAAAGAAUGAUAUUUUUCAAUGAAAAGCUUUCUUGUAACUCGCGCCGAAAUUAUUCUCAUAUUGAGGCAUCAAGAGCUAUAAACGUAUAAUAUUACUCAAAUGCAAUAGACGCUGUAGAUGUGGAUGAUAUUUAAUUGUAGGAAGUUCUUCAAUGAUAUAAACUAAUAUAUUUUUUAAAACCAAAAAAAAACAAAAAAACACGCGUUUACUGGGGCUUGGGGAAUUGAAAAAAAAAUGUUAACACAGUGAGUUGUACUAUACCUACUAUUCUGAAUCAGUGUUCUGUGAAUCGAGAAGGCUUGAAAUUUACCCUUUGUUAUACAUUAUAUUACCUAUUUUUUAUUUUUAUUAUUUUUUUGUAGCAGCAAAAAAUCAAUUAUUGGAGUAUGUGGAAUUGAUUUUUAAAACAAUUGGAAUCAUAGUCUUAAAAAGAAAACAAAAAGAAUGAAUUGCGAGACAAUCUUUGCUCUACUUAGCUCAAAUGUGUGAUGUGUAAUUUUUUCAUUAAUUAUCCAAUAAUCGAGAUUUUGCUGCACUUGAUUAAAUUUAUUUUUUACUUUUAAAAAAUUAUUUUUAUAUGGAAAUAUUUCAGAAUUUGACUAAAUUAUAAUUUUGUAAUUGGUAAAAAUUCAGACGAUAUAUUUUUAACAAUGUUAUGUAGAUACCUUUUGUAUAGUGUUAAAUAAGCAUUUCGUAAUACCUUCCUAGUAGAAUGAUAAAAUCAUCGUCUGAAUUUUUACAUCCUUAUAAUCUGCUGUAACUUAUUUAUAUUUUUCUCAUAACUGGUACUCUGCAUAGUAUUGUUGACUUUUCGGUUCAUUAGACUGAAUUUCAUAGGUAAUUAAAUAAGGUACAUUACAUACCCACUCGUAAAUUGUUACAAUAGUAAGCCACUUUUCUCCCAUUUUUUUUUUUUUGUGAAAAAUUUGUCUUUUAAUUGAGAUUUUCAUUUUUAUAUUCUAUAAAUAAGGAAAUUUUGGAAGAAAUUAAUUCGAUCGUUUCGUUACCACUACUACCCACUGUAAAAGCACUCACUUGUGUCUUGUAUAAAUUCUUUUAUUUAAAAAAAAAAAAAUCAAAGCAUUUGUCCUAUCAUUAUAUUGAGACUUCAAUUACUGAACAACAAGCAUAAAAGUAAGUAACAGGAGCUAUCGUCAUGUUUAAAACAUGUUCAAAAUUAACAUAAAUUCAUUACCUAUUGAAAACAAUUCAAAGAAAUGAUUCUUUUUUUUAUUUUAUUUCCUAAAUUUAUUCGUUCAAGAAUUUUUAAAAAAUAUUCAAUUUUUCGUCUUAUGCCUUCUGACAGAAUUUGCAUUGAAUGUGCAGAUUUUAAAACUCUAUAGCUCUUAUUGCUUACUUGUCUCAUGUCUGUUCGAAAUCUCAAAAAGGUGGCUGGAUAUACUCGUAGCUUCAUUUUUAUUUCUGAACGGUACCCAAUAAUAUAAGUAGUAAAUUCAAAUGCAUUCGUUUCUGUGGCCAUUAGCAACCCAUCUUUUGUAAUUUUCCAAAUCGAUCUUAAUAAGCAAAAAUGUGAAAAUUUUUAAAAAAAUAAUACCCAACUGUAUUUAGCGAAGUUACUUAUUUAUUUAUACAAUAACUAGGUAACUAAGGAGUAAUAUAUUUUGUGAUUGCUUAUUAAUUACCUUAUAUUGUACUUUCUUCUCAAUUAAAUGAAUCCUUUUAUUUUUGUUAAUGAUAAAAUCUGUACAUAUUCUAUGUGUAUACAUGUGUGUUAAAAUAUGUACUCAAUUAUUAAAUUUUUAAUAUACUCGUUUAUUGUUA